AUGUCAGUGCGGGGUUGUAUGAUCGAAUCCGUCUGUUCUACUCCUAGUGUGUCAAACACCCAGUCCGAAACAGUCGCCAAAUGCCAAGGUAACGCCAACCUUCGCGAUGGACCCAUUCCCCAGACAGAAAUUCAUGCUUAUUCAUCAACCUUAGCUGAGACCCUAGCCACUGCUUCUUCAGGCUUUUUUUAUGAGCAUGAGGAUAUGUCAGCAUCUGCAUCUUCUAAUACUGAUGCUGUUGUCAGCUCGCUCCCAACGAAGACGACUUUGCCCUGUCCUGAGAUUGGAAUUCAAACAGUUCUCAAACCAUUUCACUCUGCAUCCGAGGCGCCCGCCGUUAUUUGUCAAGGUUCUGAAUUCCAGGUGGCGCAAUUGAGACGACUUGGGCGGCCGGGUACAGACAUGUCUGUACGACCUAGAUCACAGCCAUGUCCAGAAAAGAGUGCCGAUCUUACCUUGUCUAGCACACAUCAUUCGCCCAACUGGUGGUGGUGGAAGCCACAGCGACAAUGGAGUCACCGGCUACAACGGCACAACCACCAUCAUUCUGAACAACUAAUUAAACACGAACAAGAACCGAGCCAGCAAUCCUUCUCUUCCGACAGUUUGUUGGCUGCUGUAGCCACUUGUGAAAAAUCUUCACAGGCUCCUAGUCAACUUCCAUUGCGGGUCCGUCUAGCGCAGCGCUUUUCUCGGCUACCGAGUCUUUCAUGUGGCUCGCACGCCUUCCCAACAAGGUCUGGCCCAAUGACUCAUCAGGUCAAUAUCCCGUUUCCGGUUACAACACCCAGUGUCCAAGCUCUACCACCUGAAGCAAAAAACUCGGAAGCGACUGGCCUUUUUAGUGGGGCCCAAGUGUAUAAAUCCGACCUAGGUGCAUAUCCGCUCAUGGCUUCCAGCAAUAAAGUAGCCUCCAACUCAUCAAUUCCACCCAAGUUCAUGCGCGGUCUAUUCCCAUUUACAGUGGAGCGCUCGUUCACAUCCAGAACCAGUCUAAAACAAGUGCUGGCUUCUCACCGGCCAAGCAAGCAAGGCGCAAGAACCAAGCAUAACGAUCAGGUCAAAAUGGGGCCAGAACGGCCCUAUACUUGGGUGAGUACUAUUUUACCCGUGUUUGGGAACAUUCAUGAUUCGGCUCAAUGUUAA